CACUAUUCGUCUCAACCCUUCCGGUAGAACCCUGGAGGUUUGUUUAGCCCAGCUUAGUUUAUGUCACUUCUCGCAAGCAACGAGAAGCCCACCGGCGUCAUGGCCGACGAACGCACGCCACUCAUCCAACGCGUGGAUGUGAGGCCCCACCGCGACCGCUACCCGCAUCAUCGACUGCGCUUCAUCUGCACAAGCCUCCUUUCCGCCACCAUUUUCAUAGGAGGAAUCGUUGCAGUCCUUAUCUUUAGCUUUGCGCCUUUCGAUGAUGAGUCCGAACGCAAAUCCAAUCCGUCGAUUUCGUCGUCAUUCUCCACGUCACAAGUACCAGAUGGUUGGGGACAUGCGACAGGCUUGGAAUAUGAAGAGCUGCAGACCAUUCUGCUUGGGACACCAGAAGCAGAAAGGGCAAAAGAGUGGAGCAGAUAUUACACAGAUGGCCCGCAUUUGGCCGGCAAGAAUCUAAGCCAGGCGCUGUGGACCAAGUCAAAAUGGGAGGAGUUUGGGAUCGAGAGUACGAUUGUGGAUUAUGAUGUGUACAUCAAUUACCCCAAAGGUCACCGGUUGGCCUUAUUGGAGAAGAGCACUAAUGACAAGCAUCAAGAGCGCAAAUCUGCCAUGGACGCGAAGGAGGAAUGGAAAGUCAAAUACGAAGCACGACUCGAAGAGGACGUGCUGGACGACGACAAAUCGAGCCAGCUCGCAGACCGCAUACCCACAUUCCACGGCUACAGUGCCUCAGGCAAUGUCACGGCGCCGUACGUCUUCGUCAACUAUGGCACAUAUAAAGACUUUGAAGAACUCCAGGCUGCGAACGUCAGCUUAGAAGGUAAGAUCGCGUUGGCAAAAUACGGAGGUGUCUUCCGUGGCCUUAAGGUGAAGCGUGCGCAAGAGCUGGGCAUGGUUGGCGUUGUCAUGUAUACCGAUCCUGGCGACGAUGGAGACGUUACGGAGAAAAACGGGAAUGCGACGUACCCUGAUGGACCGGCGCGAGAACCUAGCAGCGUGCAGAGAGGCAGCGUUCAAUUCUUGAGCUUUGCACCCGGUGACCCAACAACCCCUGGUUAUCCCUCUAAGCCUGGUGCUCCUCGUCUUCCAGUCGACCACGCGAUGCCGCAUAUCCCCUCUCUGCCCAUAUCAUACCUCGACGCGCUACCCCUACUCAAAGCGCUGAACGGACACGGCCCGGAAGCCUCAUCAUUCAACAAGUACUGGCACCGCGGCGGUUUGGACUACAAGGGCGUACAAUACAAUAUUGGACCUUCGCCAGAUGAUAUCGUCCUGAACCUUGUCAAUGAGCAGGAGUAUGUUACAACGCCGCUCUGGAACGUGAUUGGCAUUAUUAACGGCACCAUACCCGACGAAGUAGUCGUGCUGGGAAACCAUCGUGAUGCUUGGAUUGCUGGAGGUGCUGGGGAUCCAAACAGUGGUUCCGCAGCUUUCAAUGAAGUCAUCAGAAGCUUCGGUCUUGCGGUUCAGGCGGGCUGGAAACCCUUAAGGACUAUCGUCUUUGCAAGCUGGGACGGCGAAGAGUACGGGUUGUUGGGAAGUACGGAAUGGGUGGAGGAGUACUUACCUUGGCUCUCGGAUUCCGCUGUUGCGUACCUCAAUGUGGACGUUGGCACGAAUGGGCCAGACUUCAAGCUUUCCGCUGCUCCGCUCCUGAGUAGAGUGGUUGAGGAAGCUCUGCAAAUCGUACCCUCUCCCAACCAGACCGUUCCAGGGCAAUCAGUCUACAACGUAUGGAAUAAGCAUAUCGCCACUAUGGGCUCCGGCAGCGACUUCACCGCCUUCCAAGACUUCGCCGGCAUUCCUUCAACCGACAUGGGUUUUGGCUACGACUCGAAAUCUGCUGUUUAUCAUUACCACAGUAACUACGACUCCUUUAAUUGGAUGGAACGCUUUGGAGACCCGACAUUCGAGUAUCACGCGACUAUUGCAAAGGUGUGGGGGCUGGUGGCGGCGAAACUGGUGGAGACGCCGGUGCUCCAGUUGAAUGCUACCGAGUACGCUAUUGGAUUGGAAAGAUACGUCGGAAGCGUGAAGCAGAAGGCUCAGGAGGCUGGGUAUCCUACUUCUUCUGCAUCCACCAACGGCAAGGAUGAUCUCUGGGGACCCCUCGACGACGCAACAUCUCAUUUCGCAUUCGCCUCUUUUAUCCAGGAUGGUACUGCAGCGAACCUCCUCGAGGACUACUCACACAUCGGUGACAUUCCCUGGUGGAAGCCCUGGAAGAGAGUACAACUCUAUCUCGCUAUCCGCGCUAUCAACACCAAAUACAAGUUCUUAGAACGCAAGUUCUUGUAUGCCGAGGGCCUUGAUGGACGCCCGUGGUUCAAACAUGUGGUAUUCGCACCAGGGAAGUGGACGGGUUAUGCAGGUGCCACGUUUCCCGGCAUCGUGGAGGGCAUCGACGAGUCCGAUGACACGGCUGUUAAGAAGUGGAUUGAUAUAGCGGCGAAGGCCAUCGAUGAUGCUGCAGACUGGCUAGAGGAGUAAAUAGGGCCUGGGGUAUACAAUCUCUUGAUACCUGUAUAUGGGUUACCCAAUUGGUAGGCGUGGUGGCUACGUUGUCUUGUUUCAUACUAUGUGCCGAGCUGAGGAGUAGCCCUGAUAUACUUGAGUAUGCCAGGUUGAAGCUCUACUUACUGGGUCUAUGCGGAGUUCAGGAGGGUCUCACGCUACUAUGCUGUUCCUGGAGUGAAGUAUGCACAGUUUCCUUGGGAGUCAUGUACAAAUAUAUUGUGGACGAAGAGAGGGCUGGUAUUAUAUUGAUACAAGAUAUAAAAGUACAGAGUUCGUGGUGCCC